GUUCAACAACAGAGACCUCAACCCUGGCCUCCACCACCUCCCCACAGACCUCCACGGCCUCUACCGCUACUCCAGGGACCUCCACAGGCCUCACUUCAACAAUCCUAACCUCAACUGUGGCCUCUACAACCUCCCAAGAGAGCUCUACGGCUUCAUCCUCCACUCCAGGAACCACCACAGGCCUGACUUCAAGUGCGAUGACCUCAACUGUGAUCUCCACCACCUCAGCUGAGACUUCCACGACCACAUCCUCCACUCCAGGAACCUCCACAGGCCUCAUGUCCACCACUGUGAUCUCCACAGCUGUCUCUACAACCUCAGCUGAGACCUCCAUGGCCUCCAGUACGACACCAGGAACCUCCCUUGGCCCCACCACCUUCCCGGAGACUUCCACUGCUUCCUCAACUGCUCCAGGGACCUCCACAGCAGUGACCUCCACCACUUCCCCAGAGACAUCCACGUCCUCAUCCUCCACUCCUCUGACCUCGACUGUGGCCUCCACCACCUCCUCAGAGACCUCCACGGCCUCCAGUAUAACUCCAGGAACCUCCACAGGGGUCACCUCCACUCCUUUGACCUCCACAUCCGCCUCCACCACAUCCUCAGGGACCUCCACGGUCUCCUCAAUGCCUUCGGAGACGUCCACAGGCUUAACCUCCACAACAGAGAUCUCGACUCUGGCCUCCACCACGUCCCAAGAGUCAUCCACAGCCUCCUCUUCCACGCCAGGGACCUCCACAGGCCUCACUACAACCCCCGUGACCUCCACAAUGGCCUCCACCACCUCUUCCGAGACCUCCACGGCCUCCUCAACCAGUCCAGGCACCUCCACAGGCCUCACCUCCACUCCUUUGACUUCCACAUCUGCUUCCACCACCUCAGCUGACACCUCCACGGCCUUCUCAACCUCUCCAGGCACCUCCACAGGCCUCACGUCCUCAGCAGUGACCUCUGCACCAGCUUCCACCAUGUCCUCAGAGACCUCCACGGCCUCAAGUACAACUCCAGGAAGCUCCUCAGGCCCCACCUCCACACCCGUGACCUCCACAGUGGCCUCC